AUGACAUUGUGUGGAAAUCUUCUUGUCAUCAUUUCCAUCACUCACUUCAGACAUCUGCACACUCCAACCAACUACCUCAUCCUCUCUCUGGCAGUGACCGACUUCCUUCUGGGAGGCUGUGUCUUGCCUCCUUACAUGGUGCGAAUAAUUGAAACAUGCUGGUAUUUUGGGGAGGUAUUCUGUAAAGUCCACAUGAGCACAGAUCUCAUGUUGUACAUUACAUCAAUGUUAACUCUUUCUUUCAUUUCCAUUGACCGAUAUUAUGCAGUUUGCCACCCCCUCCACUAUAGAAACAAGAUGACCUCUUAUGCCACAGUUAUCAUGAUCUUGAUCAGUUGGAGUGUGUCUGCCUCUGUUGGGUUUAGUAUGGUAUUUCUAGAGCUGAAUAUUUUGGGUAGAAGCUGUGUUCUAUUUCAGGCAGAAAGAGCAUGUUCAGUAUCUUCCAUUCUCUCUUUUUAUAUUCCUGGGUUCAUUAUGUUGAUCAUGUAUCAGAAGAUUUUCCAUGUUGCACAGAAGCAAGCCCGGUCUAUUCACAGCAUUGCCUGUAACAAUGUGCAAUCUGAAAACAGCACAUCAAGCAAAAUGGAGCGUAAGGCUACAAAGACCCUGGCAAUUGUUAUGGGGGUAUUCCUGUCAUUCUCUGCACCGUUUUUUCUGUGUAACAUAAUUAAUCCAUUAAUUAAUUAUUCUAUUCCACCUAUGUUAAUUGAAACACUUUUCUGCAUUACCUAUUUAAAUUCAACAUGUAAUCCUAUUAUUUAUGCUUUCUACUACAGUUGGUUUAGGAAAGCAUUCAAAAUGAUUCUUUUUGGUAAAAUAUUUCAAGCUCAUUCCUCAACAGCAAAAUUGUCCAUUGACUGA